GCCAGCUCCGCCAGUACAGAAGCCCCGACAGGUCUCCAAGGACAUACAAUUACUUUGGAUUAUCCCUAAACGUCAAGGGAAACAAUGGAGCCUGUAUUCACAGUAUUCACAGGCGUCCGGCUAAAGGUGGCUGUGCUGUUUCUGCUCACAAUUCAGCUGACGACAGAUGUGACGGAGGCCAUGCAGGUGACGUCCUCAGGGCCACAGACCACUAAAAUGGCCCAGGGGAAGACCGUCAUCCUGGGAUGCACCUACAGCCCCGGCUCCUCAGACACGGGAGAGCUGGACAUCGAGUGGUCCAACAUCAGCCCAGACAUGACACAGAAAGACAAACUGAUCUUAUCGCACACAGGCGGCAAGAUGCACCACUACGGCGACUACGGGGUCUCCAAAAGGCUGACAUUCAUCGGGGACCCCAUGCAGGGAGACGCUUCCAUCUCUUUCUCUGAUGUGAGGCUCUCGGACACGGGCACCUACCAGUGCAAAGUCAAGAAGGCGCCGGGAGUUGACAUGAGAAAAGUCACUCUGGUGGUGAUGGUUCCCCCAUCGGUGCCAAAGUGCUGGGUUGAAAGCGGAGAGGAGAAAGGCGGUCCCGUCUCCCUCCGCUGCAAAUCAUAUCUGGGAUCCACGCCGCUCAGUUACACAUGGAAGAGAGAGAGUGGAGGUGUAAUACCACCCACUGCAACCCAAGACCCACAGACUGGGGAGCUGUUGAUAAAGAACCAUACAGACGGCAACAUCGGAACGUACAUGUGUGAGGCUCAAAAUGAAGUCGGAAAGACCCAGUGUAAAUACGUACUGCACGCAUACAACCCGACCAAUAAGGCGGGCGUCAUCGUCGGAGCGGUGAUUGGCGCUCUCUUGCUGCUGCUCCUCCUCCUGUUCCUCAUCUGGCUCCUGAUCUGCUGUUGCCAUAAGCGCCGCUAUCAGAAAGAGGUCGCAAACGAAAUAAGGGAGGACGCCCAGGCCCCGGAGAGCAGACCCACCAGCAGACCCACCAGCAGAACCUCCAGCAGAGCCUCCAGCUUACGCUCGGUGAUGGCGUACCGCACCCACCCCGGGGUGCAAUACAGCUCUGUGAAGAAGAAGCUGCCCAGUGUCAGGGAAUCCGGCCCCAGUCCCGUCUACUCCGGCGAGAGUAACGGCAAAUCAACUACUGGAGGUCAUCCUUCCCUCAAAUACGACCAUCAAUUUGGAUACCCGGUGUAACUACGAUCCAAAUGCCUGAUAGACUUCUUUUUAUUUUAUUUACCUUUUAGUAUAAAACUAUGCCUUCUGAUGGAAGAAAAUAUUAAAUUGUAAAGAAAAUGUUGUAAAUUAUGUAUAUGACAAAAAGUUCAAUUCAAUAUAUUUAACUGGAGAAUAAAGAGGGUGGAAUUAAAUCUUAGCUGGGAGCCCUAGUCCAAAACAAAACUGUACAACUGGUUGACUUUCAUCAUGCACUGGAGCACCAUUACACAUCAACGCUUUUCACUGUUACUGAUUUAGCUAAAACUGUAUGUAAAAUGUAUAUAUCAAAAGACUUUUAUUUUUACUUGUGCCCUUUUUUUAAAUUUUUUAAACGAUGUAUUACUUUAUUUUUAUUUUUUAUACGUGGAAAAUAAAAAUGUUUUACCUGAGAUGUUGAUGAGGAGCGGACUCUCACUGAGCAGCCACAUUUGCGUGCAGUGGGUCCAUCUGUUAUUGCCUCAUGAUAUCUGGGCUGACACGCCACAAUAGAACAACAUUUAAAACACAUCUCCCACUCCCAGAAUGUAACCAUUUCUCGGAAAAGAUUGAAAUUAAUGAAUUUAGGUAUUCUGUUUUGACAUGAGUAUAAAAAUAAAUUAUCUAUAUUGUUGGAGGUUCAAAUCGUUAGUUAAAACGUAGAUGGUUCAACAGUUAAAAUCCAGCAUUUGGAGCAUUUACAUGGUCAGACAAACAUUGUCUGUUUUCACAAAAUUGGAGACUGCUUAUUUCUAGGGCCCCUUUAUUCAUACUCCAUGAAUUUUGAAGAAAGGGGCCCUAGAAAUGAUCAGUCUGCAACAAAUUACAGUGUUGGGGAUUUGACAUGUGGAUUUUUUGGGUUCUUCAAAGCUGCCUUAAUUAUGUCUGUGCGUGUGUGUGUAAGAGAGAGAGAGAGAGACUUGUGGUUCAAGGACCUCUUGAGGUUAGGUUAUAACUUUUAUGGAGACUGGUGUUUAAUUUUGUAUUAAAAAUAAGAAUUUUUUAUUUAAACACAAAUGUAUUAAAUGUUUGCAGAACUCACUCAGUGGAAAAUUGUGAAUUUUUGGCAUUAAAAAAAUAUUGUUUGUUUCCUUUUCAA